AUGUCCUCCUUUCAAUCAACUUCAAUCAUCCUGUUUUUAUUUUUCGCAACUCAAGCACUCGCGGUUCCACAUUACUCAACAGACACCAGCCCAAACAUCGAAUGGAGGACUUGUAAAGAAAAUGAUCCACCAAACUUGCAGUGCGGUCAAAUCAAAGUUCCCAUAAACCACGAAGACCCCCAUGGAGGCCACUUCAAUCUUGGGUUCGCACGCCUUAAAUCCAACAGCAUGUCGACUAUUGGAAAUCUCAUCUACAACCCCGGAGGCCCAGGAGGAGCAGGUUCAGCAGAAGUGUUUGCCCAAGCCUUUUUGAACGUUUCAAUCUGGACUUUAGAACUCCUUGCACACUACGACAUCAUUGGACUUGAUCCACGUGGCACUGGCCUCAGCAAUGCCAUGAAAUGUGAUCCAGAUAUCUGGAAUAGGCGCGUCUCAGGCACUCCAAAGAAUAAAGACGAAUUCAAGAAACUCGUGGCUUAUAACAAGGCCUUCGGAGAGAGUUGUAGGAAUCUCACUGGACCUGUCUUUGAUUUCAUGGACACAGAAAGUGCGGCUAAAGACAUGGAUUUGGUUCGAAAGGCACUCGGCGAGGAGAAGUUGACUUUCUAUGGACAAUCAUAUGGGUCACAACUUGGCUCUACUUAUGCGGGAUUGUUUCCCAAGAAUGUCGGACGUAUGGUUCUCGACGGCGUUAUGGAUUCUUCACAGUCUAGUGUUGCUCAGGUUGCUAUGGAGUCUAAUAACGGAUACGAAACAACUUUGAAUAAAUUCUUUCAAUGGUGCAACACCACUGCCGAAUGUGCUUUGAACGGGCAAGACAUUGCUGGGAUAUUCGAUAAAAUGAUUGCCACAGCAGAAAGUAGUCCUAUACCAGCUCCUGGUUGUGCACCUGAGGGGGAUAAAGCUUGCAGAAGUGAUGCAACGAGUGAGGAAAUUCUUGCUCAGGUUCAAAUAGGACUUCUUGGGUUUUCUGCGUCAUCCGUUUUCCUAGGAUGGCCAGCACUCUCUGGAGCAAUCGCUCAAGCAGCACAAGGCAACGCAACUUUACUAUCCCGCCCUAUCAAAAACACAUCAAGUCAUGCCGACUUCUCAUUCCUCGGCGUAGGCUGCAAAGACUGGAUAGCGGCAUCGAAGAGCUACAUAGACCUCGUACUCAUUCGCCAAAUGACCGGGAUCCUCUCACCACACAGCAGAGGAAAUUCACAAUUCUAUGAAAUACAAUCAUCUUGCAUCGGAUGGCCAUCACCUCCUACAAACAACCCACACACUUUGGAUCCUAAGAAGGUCGCUCAGUUACCGCCUAUCUUACUUGUAAAUUCGUUCUGGGAUCCGUCGACUCCAAUUUCGUCGGCGAAUGCAUUAAAAACCAAGAUUCCUAACUCGGUGUUGAUUCUUAGAAACGGGAGUGGUCAUACUAGCUACCUGACUUUUGGGAAGACGACGGAAGCUAUAGAUGCCUUUUUUGUGAAGGGGAUAUUGCCUGCACAGGGUACCACGUUUGCUUAUUAG